GAGGAUGGAGGAGCCGCCCGGGAGGAGGAGAAGGAGGAGGAGAGCGGCCCCCGCGGAGCAGCCCUGACCGGCCCCGUCGCGGGUUCCAUGGGCGACGGCGGGGAAAGGCCUCGAGGCCCCUGGGCUGCAUGUGGGAUGAGCCCAGGUGGACCCCGGGAAAGGCGGCUGCCCGGAGGGCGAUGCGGGGAUAAGGACACGAGCGAAGACCCCGAGACGGGCCUGGAGGGCGGAGGGUCCCUCAGAAGCCCCGGGAGGCCCCGAAGGAUCCAGGAGGGAGGAAAGAGAUUUCAGUGCCCGGAAUGCGAAAAAUCCUUCACAACAAAUGGAAAUCUUCACGUGCAUCUAAACAUCCACUCAAGAGAUGGAUCAUUUAAAUGCCUGGAGUGUGGAAAAAGCUUCAGUUAUAGGAGCAGCCUUUCUACACAUCAAAUAAUCCACACUGGAGAAAAGCCUCAUAAAUGCCUGGAGUGUGGAAAGAGCUUUAGACAUAGCAGCAACCUUUACACGCACCAAAGAAUCCACACAGGAGAGAAACCCCAUAAAUGCCUGGAAUGUGGAAAGAGCUUCAGAUAUAGCAGCAACCUUUACACACACCAACGAAUCCACACAGGAGAGAAACGUUACAAAUGUCUGGAGUGUGGAAAGAGCUUCAAUACCAGUGGAAACCUACAUAGACAUCAAAAGGUCCAUUUGAAUAAAUGCCUGGAGGGCGGAGAGUCCUUCGGAAGACCCAGGAGACCCCGAAGGAUCCAGGAGGAAGGAAAGAGAUUUCACUGCCCGGAAUGCGAAAAAUCCUUCAAAAGAAACGGACAUCUUAAAAGCCAUCUAAGCAUCCACACAGCAGAGAAGAAACACGAAUGCCCGGAAUGCGAAAAAUGCUUCAAAACAAAUUCAAAUCUUCAAAG